AUUCAACUCACCAGAAACUAUUUACAGCUUCGUUGCAUCCAUCAUUACAUCUCCUUCAUUCAAUAAUCAAACAUGGCUUCUUGGGACAACCGCGUCGUCACCAACGAGCACUUGCUCCCUUACGUCGACUCCAACACGGCCUCGCCAGACAUCAAGGCUGCUCUGCAGACUCUGCCGUUUGAGAGAAACAUCUUCAAGCUUCUCGCCAAUAGCAAUGUAUUCUUCAAACCAUUCAUGACUCUUCUUUCCUCCAGCUGGAGUGAAAAUCGAAAGAUUCUACCAUCUGAAUGGCAAGUCACCGUUCUACGUACGGCUGCCACUCUGGAUGCCCCUUACGAGUGGGAUGUUAACGAGCCUGUCGCUCGUGUCCUUGGUCUCACUGAGGAACAAUUUACGGCUCUACGCAAUCCCAAAGAACCGUUGCCUGAGAGUCUUUUUACCCCUCGCCAGCGAUUGAUUGCUCGGAUUGUUGAAGAGCUUAGUCGCCAACCCAAGGUCAGCAAAGAGAUUAUGACCGAGGCUUUGGAAGCUUUCAGUCAUGAAGAGAUCACUGAGAUUUUCUUUCUUAAUGGGAUUUACGGCUUUUUGGCCCGGUUCAUGAAUAGUGCUAGGAUUGAUUUUGAUGAGCCUAUUCCUGGCUUGUUGGACAUUCUGCGCAAGUACAAUGCGUCAGCCAUUGAACGGGAGAAGCAGGCAAAGAAGUAGACUGAAGUAGCUAGUAGUCUUAGAUUCAUAGAAAAAAAAAACUCGU